AUGGAGAGCUGCAGCUUUUUACUGAGCAUGGAGCCUACUUGUGGUGCGGCGUGGGACAUUAGUGCGGCGUGGGACAUUAGUGUGGCGUGGGACAUUAGUGCGGCGUGGGACAUUAGUGUGGCGUGGGACAUUAGUGUGGCGUGGGACAUUAGUGUGGCGUGGGAGAUUAGUGUGGUGUGGGACAUUAGUGCGGCGUGGGACAUUAGUGUGGUGUGGGAGAUUAGUGUGGCAUGGGACAUUAGUGUGGCGUGGGACAUUAGUGUGGCGUGGGAAAUUAGUGUGGCAUGGGACAUUAGUGUGGCGUGGGACAUUAGUGCGGCGUGGGACAUUAGUGCGGCGUGGGAUAUUAGUGUGGCGUGGGAUAUUAGUGUGGCAUGGGACAUUAGUGCGGCGUGGGAUAUUAGUGUGGCAUGGGAGAUUAGUGUGGCAUGGGACAUUAGUGUGGUGUGGGAGAUUAGUGUGGCAUGGGACAUUAGUGUGGCGUGGGACAUUAGUGUGGCGUGGGACAUUAGUGCGGCGUGGGACAUUAGUGCGGCGUGGGAUAUUAGUGUGGCGUGGGACAUUAGUGUGGCGUGGGACAUUAGUGCGGCGUGGGACAUUAGUGUGGCGUGGGACAUUAGUGUGGCGUGGGACAUUAGUGUGGCGUGGGAUAUUAGUGUGGCAUGGGAGAUUAGUGUGGCAUGGGACAUUAGUGUGGCGUGGGACAUUAGUGUGGUGUGGGACAUUAGUGUGGCAUGGGAGAUUAGUGUGGCGUGGGACAUUAGUGUGGUGUGGGAGAUUAGUGUGGCAUGGGACAUUAGUGUGGCGUGGGACAUUAGUGUGGCAUGGGAGAUUAGUGUGGCAUGGGACAUUAGUGUGGUGUGGGAGAUUAGUGUGGCAUGGGACAUUAGUGUGGCGUGGGACAUUAGUGUGGCGUGGGACAUUAGUGUGGCGUGGGACAUUAGUGUGGCAUGGGAGAUUAGUGUGGUGUGGGAGAUUAGUGUGGUGUGGGACAUUAGUGUGGCGUGGGACAUUAGUGUGGCGUGGGACAUUAGUGCGGCGUGGGACAUUAGUGUGGUGUGGGAGAUUAGUGUGGCAUGGGACAUUAGUGUGGCGUGGGACAUUAGUGUGGCGUGGGACAUUAGUGUGGCAUGGGACAUUAGUGUGGCGUGGGACAUUAGUGCGGCGUGGGACAUUAGUGCGGCGUGGGACAUUAGUGUGGCAUGGGACAUUAGUGUGGUGUGGGAGAUUAGUGUGGCAUGGGACAUUAGUGUGGCAUGGGAGAUUAGUGUGGCAUGGGACAUUAGUGUGGUGUGGGAGAUUAGUGUGGCAUGGGACAUUAGUGUGGCGUGGGACAUUAGUGUGGCGUGGGACAUUAGUGUGGCAUGGGACAUUAGUGUGGCGUGGGACAUUAGUGCGGCGUGGGACAUUAGUGCGGCGUGGGAUAUUAGUGUGGCAUGGGACAUUAGUGCGGCGUGGGACAUUAGUGUGGCAUGGGACAUUAGUGUGGCGUGGGACAUUAGUGUGGUGUGGGAGAUUAGUGUGGCGUGGGACAUUAGUGCGGCGUGGGACAUUAGUGUGGCGUGGGACAUUAGUGUGGCGUGGGACAUUAGUGUGGCGUGGGACAUUAGUGUGGCGUGGGACAUUAGUGUGCCGUGGGACAUUAGUGUGGCGUGGGACAUUAGUGUGGCGUGGGACAUUAGUGUGGCGUGGGACAUUACUGUGGCGUGGGACAUUAAAGUGGUGUCUCGCUACAAAGCCCAGGCCUUCUUUGACUUUGUCCUUCACCCGGCCAUGAACGGGCCGCUGUUCAAAGAGAGGAAAGAAGACGCUGCAUCAGAGACGCACACACAGCCUCUUUCAUUUGCCUUCAUCAAACGUGUUGGAAAAACUGCCAUUGCUUCAAUUUCACCUGCCAGAUACUCGCAUUCGUGUUUGACUGGCGUCGUGGGGACUUGA